UAUUGGUGCACGUGCGUCUCGUUAGAUAACAUGACUCGAAUUGCUUCUAACCUAAAAUGACCGUUCUAACAGCCGAAACCGACAAAGUGAAUAAAAGUGAAGAAACACCUACAAAGUCAGCAUCAAAACCGCAUAAUGCAUCGCCGGAGGGAGGUAAAGAAUGGGGCUACGACUUGUACCCAGAGAGAAGACAACAAAAGGACCCUUCACUCAUGUCAAACCUCAUGAAAGGAAAAGGUAGAGAAAACAUUGAUAAAAUUCGUUGCGAGCGUACCGUUUACAAAUGUAUAAAAACCUCUCCACUUGUUAAAUUGAUGAUGGGAGCUCUGAAAAGUUCUGGUUGUGCAGUAGAUAUCAGAAGACACAUUGCAUGUGAAGAAUGCAGUGCAUUAGUAAGUGGUGGCUAUGACCCAGUGUUAAAUCAGGUUGUAGUGUGCCAAAACAUUGCAACAAAUGAGGGUAUGGUUCAGGGUGUCUUAACCCAUGAAAUGAUUCAUAUGUUUGACUAUUGUCGGAACAAAUUAGAUUUCAAGAAUAUUGACCACUUAGCAUGUACAGAAAUCAGAGCUGCCAAUUUAACACACUGUAGCUUUAUGUCUGCAUGGUUUCAAGGAGAUGUGUCUCUGUUUAAUAUUAGGCAAGCACAUCAAGUGUGUGUUAAGAAUAAAGCAUUACAGUCUGUAUUGGCAGUUAGAAACUGCAGUAAGUUAGAAGCAAUUGAUGCUGUGGAGAGAGUGUUUCCAAAAUGCUAUAAUGAUAUGGAACCUAUUGGUAGGCGACUUAAACGAAACUCGGACGAUAUGUACAGGGCAUAUGCAGAGGGAUAUUUAUAUGGAUAUGAUGCAUAAGAGUAUGUAUUGUUUUUAUAGUCAAAUUGAAUGAAGUUAACCAGAAUAGCAAGAGUGAACAAAUAUUAAGUGUCAUUAGUUAUUAUUUGUUCAUAUCAAGCAGCAUUUCAAUAAAUUUAAAAUAAAAUCCAGUGCACAAA